AUGGUUAGAAUACGUAUGAAAUACAAUACACCUAUUUUUACACCAGAAGAUUAUUCAUAUAUUAUGCAGUGUUGUGAUAUAAAACCAAGAUAUAAAAUUUUAAAUGAGUUGACGGAUAAGUAUAAAACAUCAACAAAACGUAUUUAUCAGAUUUGGAGGGGAGUAGAAGCUAAUAGAGUUUUAUGGGAUCAGCCUAUACCAUACUUAUAUGAUGAUGUCUCUAAUUUUACAUCCCCAACAUAUCAAAACACCAAAUGUUUUAAGUUGAAGAGUUGUGACUUAUUGUGGAACAAUGACACUUACGUGCCUGCCACUGACACUAGCUCCAAUAAUAAAUCAAAUUCCACUAUUAAUGUCACCCAUAUAGAGUUCAAACCUUUAGACACAAAGAGAAAUAAUUCAGAGGAGAGACAGGGUCUCGAGAAAGCUAAGCUUCAAGUCCUUGACUCAUCUCAGAUUCAUCACCUGGUAGAUGGCUCUGUUAUAGAUAACUCAUCAGUAAAGUUAACACAACCAAACCGCGUACAUCAUAACUAUGAUCGGAUUCAACCUCAGAUGAGGAAUCUCCAGAAUCGGA